GGUGUGUACAUGUGUUACACACGUGUGCCUCCUCUUGGGGGGGGGGUUGGUGCCCACAGGGGUGGCUGUCAUUGCGCCCACACUCAUUUACACAAUCCCAGGGAUCCUUCUCCCCUCUCCCCCUCUCCUCGGAUGGUUGUAAUAAUAUUCUGGCUCCUCUCCAAGUAUCGGGGUUGCCAUGGAAACAAUAAAACUGCAGCGAUUUCGGGCUCCGCCGUCUCCCAUUGUAAACGUGGAAGCGCUGGAGCGGGAAGGCGGCGAUUCCCGGUGUCCUCAGCCCCUGCUGGGGGACACUGCCCGUGCCCCCUGGGCUCACCUGGCCUGGCACACCCUCAGGGGCUCUGGGCAGGGGCAGGUGGCCAGCACAGGGCUGGGGGGUUUCUAUGGAAACCGUGGGAUGGUGGCUGGAAGCACCUUUUCCAUGGACCAAACCCAAAAUACACUUUGUGUGUGGAGGACCCGCCGUGGUGCUGCUCCAAAAUGCACAGGACCACCAGGAUAAAGAUCACCGAGCUGAACCCCCACCUGAUGUGCGCCCUGUGCGGCGGCUACUUCAUCGACGCCACCACCAUCGUGGAGUGUCUGCACUCCUUCUGCAAAACCUGCAUCGUUCGCUACCUGGAGACCAACAAGUACUGCCCCAUGUGUGACGUCCAAGUGCACAAAACCAGGCCCCUCCUCAGCAUCAGGUCGGACAAAACCCUUCAGGACAUUGUGUACAAACUGGUCCCGGGGCUCUUCAAAGAUGAGAUGAAGAGGCGCCGCGAUUUCUACGCCGCGUAUCCCAUGGCCGAGGUUCCCAACGGCUCCAACGAGGAUCGAGGGGAGGUGUCCGAGCAGGACAAGGGGAACCUGACGGACGACGAGAUCGUCAGCCUGUCCAUCGAGUUCUACGAGGGCUCCAGAGAGGAGAAGAAAGGCACCGUCGAGAACGGGGACCUGGAGAAGGAGAAGAGCAACGGGCUGCGGUUCCUGCGCUGUCCCGCGGCCAUGACCGUCAUGCACCUCGCCAAGUUCCUGCGCAACAAGAUGGAUGUUCCCAGCAAGUACAAGGUGGAAGUGCUGUAUGAGGAUGAGCCCCUGAAGGAAUAUUACACCCUGAUGGACAUUGCCUACAUCUACCCCUGGAGGAGGAACGGCCCCUUGCCUCUGAAAUACCGCGUCCAACCCGCCUGCAAGCGGCUCAAGCUGUCCCACCCUGCCCCUUCCGAGGGCACCAACACCAGCGGCGCCUCCGAGUGCGAGUCGGGCAGCGACAAAGCUCACAGCCCCGCCACGCUCCCCGCCACCUCCUCCUCCCUGCCCAGCCCUGGCACCCCGUCCCACGGCUCGCCCAGCUCCGGCACCGGCGCCACCCUCAACGGCACCUCGAACUGCCACCCCCUGGCACCCACCGGCGCCCGGUGCCGCAAAACGACUGUGAACGGCAGCGCGGGCUCGGCCUUGACCUAAAACCCCGCCCAGCAGGGACUGCUCCCCCCCCCAACCCCCGGGCCCGGCUUUUCUUCUGUAGAUUGUUCUAUACAGACCUUAUAUAAAUAUAUAUGUUGUACAUAGGGAGAGAACGAAAAAAAAAAAAAACAAACAAAAAAG